CGCCAUACAAGCGAUGCCCUUUUACUGGUGGUGUCGUUCAGCCUCAAGUAAGGCUUAAGGCGUAGACGCUGAUCAGAAGGUAGUGGAGGCUCGAGGUUGGCUGGUAUUUCUAUGGUCUCCUCACUGCGAUAUGUGGUACAUAGACAGCAUGAGUGGCAUUGAUACGAUUGAUGCGUUGGAUAGGCGCCUGUGGCGUGCCUCAUCCCCUGUUCACCCAAUUGAAGCGGCAAUUCGGCGACGAAUCCAAGUCGAGCUGGGCUGUGACGGUCACACUGCAGCCUCAGCUGGAAUGGACCAUUCAGCCUGGUUGACCGCAGCUGCCUUCCGUGAAGCGGUCUGCUGCCUGAUGGGCGACGUUCGCUCGCAAGAAGAUUCUUUCUCCUCUGUUCAGCCACUUCAUGACAGAGGUGUUGCUGUGAAGAGGGUCUCUUGAUCGACCAUGCCAGGCAAAGAGUUACGCCUACUCGCGCUUGAUGGCGGCGGCGUUCGUGGCCUGUCGUCGCUGAUGAUCCUUGAACAACUCAUGCAAGUCAUCGAUCCCGAACACCCACCCAAGCCAUGCGAAUACUUCGACAUGAUCGGGGGCACCAGAACCGGCGGAUUGAUCGCUAUCAUGCUGGGCCGGCUGGAAAUGACGAUCGACGAAUGCAUUGAAGCAUAUACCUCCCUCGCGGACAAGGUCUUCCAGAAGAAAGCGCCUCGUAUGAAGAUCACAGGCAAGAUCCGAGGCCAAUUCGACUCAAAGAAGUUAGAAGACGCGAUUCGAGAAGUGGUGGAAAAGUGGACCACUCAGAAAGACACGUUGUUGAAAAGCGAGGCGGAUACGGCGUGCAAAGUCUUUGUAUGCGCUUUCAGCAAGCACACUGGCACACCGAUGUGCUUGACAAGCUACAUGCCUCCCCGUGGCAAUACCGACCUCUUCAAACAGACCAAGAUCUGGGAAGCUUGUCGUGCAACUUCUGCAGCGACCUCAUUCUUCGAACCAAUCUCCAUCGGACGUUACAGUGAACAGUUUGUGGAUGGCGGCACAGCAGUCAACAAUCCCGUUGGGGAACUAUGGAAUCAAGCGCAGGCCGUAUACGGUCCCGAACCGCUAGACGAUAACCUUGACUGUCUGGUCUCGAUAGGGACCGGCGUUCCAUCAUUGACUCCUGUACGCGACGAUGUUUUCCAUAUCUACGAGAGUCUGGUGGCGAUAGCCACGGAGACCGAACUUACAGCCGAGACGUUUCGACAAAGUAAAGCACACCUAGACGAACAGGGCCGGUACUACCGUUUCAAUGUGUCAAGAGGACUGGAAACAAUUGGUCUGGAAGAGUCGACGAAGAAGGCUGAAAUUGCGGCUGCCACGCGGCUGUAUUGUGGAUCGCAAGAGGUGUCUAGGCAAAUGAAGGCGUGUGCGGACCGGGCGUCCAUGAAGCAACUCACUUCAAAAUACCAUAUCCCAUUCAGCCUCCGAGGCGUCCCCGUGAUCGAGAAAUUUGCAGAUCGUCCCCUCGACGUGGCUGAACUAAGGCAAACCCUCCUUCCCGGACGAAGAUCUAGUGGACGUCAACGUCGGAUCUGUGUGUUGAGUGGAAUGGGCGGCAUGGGCAAGACGCAAUUGGCGGCUCAAUUUGCACGGCGGCAUCACCAGCAUUAUAGCGCUGUCUUCUGGCUAGAUGGCACCUCAGAAGACAGCUUGAAACAGUCCAUUGGCUAUAGUGCCAGCCGCGUUGCGCAGGGCCAGAUUCCGGAAGUCAGUAGGACGUUCCUCAACGGUCAGGGCGGGGACCUUGAUCUCAUUGUCGAACACUUUCGCCACCUGCUGAGCCGGCCUGACAACAAUUCCUGGCUGGUGGUGUUGGAUAAUGUCGAUCGAGAGUACUACGCACAGAACCCUCAACCAGGCUCCUUCAAUGUCGAGAAUUAUCUUCCCGACGCUGAUCAUGGCGCGAUAUUGAUAACGACUCGACUUAGCAACCUGAAGCCGUAUGCCACAGUCUCGAAGAAGCUUCAGAAAGUGGAUGACAACCUUGCUAUGGCAAUCUUCUGUCAGACGUAUACGCGGAAGUUUGACAAAGACCAGGCCAGACCAUUACUGGAGCGUUUGGAUGGCCUCCCUUUGGCAUUGACUCAAGUCGCGGCGUACAUGCAGCAGACUGGGAUCAGCUUUGCCCGAUACAUCGAUCUCUAUGACCGUCGCUGGAAAGAUCUUAUGCAAUCGCACGAGACAUGCAAUGGAUCCCAGCUGAAAAGUAUCUGGACGACGUGGGUGAGAUCACUCGAGGCUAUCCGUGCGGAAAAUCAAGCGGCGGCCGACCUACUCCUGCUCUGGGCGUUCCUUGACAACCGUGACUUGUGGUAUGGGCUUUUCGAGAGAAGCAGGGAAAUAUGGACCAAUCAUACCUACGUCAACGCGAACCUCCAAGAGGUAUGCAGCGACGAGAUGAAGUUCAUCGACGCGAUCCAGCUCCUACUCAAAUACUCCCUGAUCGAAAGGCUGGAAGAUGAUAGUGGAUGUAUCGUUCAUCCCGUUCUGCACCAGUGGGCGCGGCAUGUCCAGAACGAGGAGCAACGAAUUGCCUUCGCCCGACUUGCGGUGAUCACGGUCGGCUUUGCGUUACCGCAUUACGGCUUUGCGGUACAGCAUUACUUCAUGGGAAAUUUAUGGACCGUAGAACGGCGUCUCAUGGGCCAUGCUGACUGUUGCUUUCGAUGGGUCGUUGAUGAUGCGAUCAAGCUCUCGAGAUCACAGGAACAGGACCGCGAUGAUAGACCCGGAUAUGUUGGCCCUUUAGCUGUCAUUCUUCGUUGUGUGAGCUUCCUUGGCGAUCUUUUCGUAGCUCAAACCAGAUUGGGCAAGGGAAGCGAGAUGUAUGAGCUGGCUCUCCGGGGCUAUAAGGAGACAAUGGAUCCUGAGCAUGAGUGGAUGCUCACCCUGGUCAACAAAAUGGGCCUUCUCUACUCCGACCAAGGAAAGCUAGAUAAGGCGGAGCAGAUGUACGAUCGAGCCUUACGAGGAAAGGAGAAGACCCUAGGACCGGGGCACCCCUUUACACUCGAUACAGUUAAUAGUCUAGGUGCUCUCUACGUCAAGCAAGGAAAGCUGGAUAAGGCGGAGGAGAUGUACGAGCGUGCCUUACAAGGCAAGGGAAAGGCACUAGGACCGGGGCACCCGUCUACACUAGAGACGGUCAACAAUCUAGGCAUUCUGUACAACCAUCAAGGGAAGCUGGACAAGGCGGAGGUGAUGUACGAGCGUGCCUUACAAGGCAAGGGAAAGGCACUAGGACCGGGGCACCCGUCUACACUAGAGACGGUCAACAAUCUAGGCAUUCUGUACAACCAUCAAGGGAAGCUGGACAAGGCGGAGGAGAUGUACGAGCGUGCCCUACAAGGCUUCGAGAACGCAGUGGGAGCAGAGUCUAUCCUUACCUAUGUCCCUGCACUCAAUACGUGCAAGUACCUCGGUUCGUUGCUUCUUGACCUGGGCAGACGGCAAGAAGCUAUCCAGAUGUUUCAUCGGGCGUUGACCGGAUAUCAGGAGGUAUAUGGUCCAUCUCACGAACAAUGUCAGAAGCUGGCUCGAUGGAUCGAUGAGAGGAAAUAUCUACAAGUCCAAGAAACCAAUGAGACGAGCAGCGAGACCAGCAGCGAGACCGAUGUGCCUGAUGAGGUGAUCAUUCAUGGAAAAAGAGAGCGUACAUCGAAGUUCCGCCAAUUCUUCCGUCCUUCUCGCAGGUAACGACCCAACUCAAUAGCGUUCGUGAUUGUUAUUAUGGUCAGUGGUUCAAGGAAUAAUGGCUUUCCAGCGCAGUAUUGGUGUCGACAGGAAGCACGCUUUUCCCUAUGACUGGUGUUUGGCGUUGUGGAAACAAUUCAGCAAGUUUACCCAGUCCGCGUGCUGAGGCUAUGCCAUUCCUGCGACUGCAACGGCGACUCGGCGGCAAAAGCGCGAGGGGACCGAAUGGUUUUGGCCACACUGACAGCUUUGCCAGCUGAGAACGAGAAGAUACAACAAGGCUUACGCGAGGAGGGAUUGCAACAUGGAAG